ACUCCUAUACGCAAUCAUGAUUUGAUCUAAACAGACAGACAAUGCCAGUUGGAAUGAGUACAUCUUCCACACUUCGUACCCUUUUCAGACUAUCUAAUAUGGCGUCUGUGAAAACUUACGGAAACUGGAGAUCACGGGAGUGUCCUGCCGAGAUGUUUAUGCCAAACGUAUAAACCCACGAGUGAAGUCGGGGCGUUUUAUGAAAAUCCUUCCCGACUACGAGCACAUGGAAUACAGAGAUGUUUACACCUGCCUGCUGCACCGAUAUCGACACAUCUUGGGAUUAUGGCAGCCGGACAUUGGGCCCUAUGGGGGACUGCUGAAUGUGGUGGUAGAUGGUUUGUUCAUCAUCGGGUGGAUGUACUUGCCCCCUCAUGACCCUCAUGUUGAUGAUCCAAUGAGAUUCAAACCUCUCUUCAGGAUUCACCUCAUGGAGAGGAAAUGUGCCACAGUUGAGUGUAUGUAUGGCCACAAGGGACCUCACAAUGGCCAUAUCCAGAUUGUAAAGAAGGAUGAGUUCUCCACAAAAUGCAACCAGACAGAUCACCAUCGAAUGUCAGGGGGAAGGCAAGAGGAAUUCCGGACAUGGCUGAGGGAAGAGUGGGGUCGGACUCUGGAAGACAUCUUCCACGAACACAUGCAAGAGCUCAUCUUGAUGAAGUUCAUCUACACCAGCCAAUAUGACAACUGCUUGACAUAUCGACGCAUCUACCUCCCUCCUAGCAGCCCUGACGACCUUAUAAAGCCAGGUCUCUUCAAAGGAACAUAUGGGAGCCAUGGGCUGGAGAUCGUCAUGCUGAGCUUUCACGGAAGGAAAGCCAAGGGGACUAAAAUCACCGGCGAUCCCAACAUCCCAGCUGGGCAGCAGACUGUGGAGAUCGACCUGGCACAUCCUCUUCAGUUACCUGACAUUGAGAACCUACGUGAUUUUAGUGAGCUCUCUCGCAUCGUCCUUGAGGUCCAGGAGCAGGUGCGCCGGGAGGAGCAGGAGGAGGAACAGCAGCAGGAGGAAGAGGAUCGUUCCCAGCAAGCUGCCUCCCAGCCCACUGUGCAGCCCCUGGGAGGAGAAGGUGCCAAGGGGGAAGAGACUCCAGCUGGAGCUGAAGGGGCGAGCCAGGACAAGGCAUCAGCUUCCCAGCCCUUCCUGCUGCCUAUGGGAGUCAUAUCAAGGAAUGAAGACUAUCCUAGGACCUGCCGAAUUUGUUUUUAUGGGACGGGGCUGAUUGCUGGCCAUGGCUUCACCAGCCCUGAGCGAACACCAGGUGUUUUUGUCCUCUUUGAUGAUGACCGUUUUGGGUUCAUUUGGUUGGAGCUGAAGUCCUUCAGUCUCUACAGCCGGAUCAAGGUCUCAUUCCAGAAUGCCGAAGCGCCUUCCCGUGAGGCUUUUGACGAAAUGCUGAAGAACAUUCAGUCGCUGGCUACUUGACGGGUGAUUUGUGAUGGAUAGGGCUAGGGGUGGCAAAGGCUGCUGCACUCCCCAGCCAGGGAUGGGAUGGGGAUUCCUUGCUCUUGGUACCUCUGAGUAAAAGCAUGCACUUUUAAUAAAGCCUUUUUACCCGAAAUGUACACAUCCCUGUUAAAAUAUUCAUGACUGCCCUUUCCUCCCUGCCUCCUCACGUUGCUCCCUGGCAGUCAUUGUUAUCCAGUCUGUAACAUAGCUUUAUAUAGCUGAAGGGAUCCUGCAGAGGAGGAAAUAGAGCUUUCUUAUUGCAAAAAGGAUGUAUUGGAACAAAAAUAAUUCAAGGCCAGAGCUAGAUCAGGAGAGUCACUAAUUGACUGAACUGAUGGAAGCCCUCUGCUCCGUCCAUUAGCAGUCUGUCUCCCAUGGAAAGGGACCUUCCUUGGGGAAGGGACUCAUUUAAGCUUUUGCUGAGCUCCAGGCCAAUUUGUCCUCCUAGGAGACUUGCUUUUCUCUCCUGAAAACCUGUGUGGCUUCCCCACUGCAGACUGGCUGGCUGCUCAAUGAUUGAUUGUGUCAGAAGUGACAAAGCAUGUCCUCCUCUCCAGAAACCUUUCUCUGGGUGCAGCAUUGCCCAGAGAGGCUGGUGUAAUACCUGCGUCCUUGACUUAAAAUUGGACUGGGUGAUUUCCUUUAACAAAUUCUCUCCUCUUGGCAACAAGGGGAGGAUUCUUACUGUAAUGACAGUGUACAUAGCUGUGCCCUGGCUUCAGAAGCUUGGUGUCUGUGCUGUCCCUGGGGCUCCGGAUCUGGGUCUUUUCCCUGGGCGUAGAGGAGAUAAUGAUCCUUUGUUAAAGGAGCUGGGUACAGAACUGGGAAUGAGUGUAAAGUGCAUAAGCUGGUGCAUUCUGAACUGGUUUCAUACCUGAAGGGUUCCUUCAGACCUUUUGAAAUGGGCUUAAAAGCAUUAAAAAAAAAAAAGAAAAAACCCUGACUGAAGCCCGUAUGCAGCCUGAUGGCUCCUGCCUGCGAUGGGCAGCAGAAACUGGCAGCUGUCACUGGUGCUGAUGUGACCUCAGUUACAUGUCAUUCUUGUUGCCUUGCACAGUCUGAAGGAGCAUCGAGGGAUUCUCUUUAUGUUGCUGUGGCUCGUUCUGGCAUCUUUUACGGUUGGUGCUGACAGGUGGGUGCUGCUGCUCUACUUGCAAGACCCUUCUAUCCCCUUUCUAGUCCUGCUGUUGUUUUGUCCCAGACAAUGGCAACUCGCACAGAAAGCUUCUGUGCUUAAUUUCUUACUGUGAGACGUGUGUUGUGUGUGGUGGACCUGAGCUCCUCGCAGAAGCGUGGGCUACAGGUCAGGGAGCCAGUUUCCCCAUAGACUCUCCUAUGCAGCGGGAAGGUCUUGGCCAGUGCUAACCUACCAACUGUGAGUUGUGCCAUAAACCAUCUCAACGUUCGCAUCUGUGCAUUUUGUUUUUAAGCCUGGGUAGGAAGAGAUCCUUGCGCGGAGAGGAGAGAGCAGUUUGUAAGGCAGGUCUUGGCUGUAGGCAAAACAUGCCCCUUGCUCUCUGGCAAUGAAGAAGAACUCUAGAGAUUCUUCUCUUCCAGCCCUCAGCAGCAACUCUGUCAGGAUCAACUUGUCUAGCAAAACUGCCUUUGCAUCUUCUGCAGGUCUCGGUUUGUAAAUGUUUGUGCGCGUGCUGUACCGGGGAAGAUUCAGCCCCCUUCCAAGGAGAAGUUCCUGUCAUUGCCUGAUUUCACGGACUGCGAGAAGCUUUUAUUCUCACUCUCACAGGGGUUUUCGCCAUCUCUGGCUCUUGAGUGUUCCCUCAAGCCGUGUGAGAGCAGAGUCUCCAGCUGGGAAUUUGAGCAGAAGGUUAUGUCACUCUCAGGAUUCAUUCCUGUCUCUUUGGAUAGAGAUUUUUCAAACCUCUGGGAAUUAGAAAGUGAUUUGGGGCACUUUUUUCUUUCUUUCCUACUGCUUUGUCAGUAGUAGAAAACCUGUCUGUGUCAGAAGAGAGGAUCUGAAGGGCUAUUACCAUUCUGGUGAAUAAGCUAUAAAAAGUUUUCUGAGCAGCCUAUUAGCUGUGUCCCUGUCUCUGUCAGCAGAGGGAAGAGUUGUCUCGGGUCUCACCCC